AUGUCGGGCUGUACCGAAGUCACACCCUUAUGCCCCGUCGAGGCAUCAACGUACGGCUACUACCCCAACUUAGGCGGAAACAUCUUCUUCGCCGUGUUCUUCGGCAUCUGCGGGAUCCUCCAGAUGCUUUUCGGCGUCUACUACCAAGCAUGGGGCUUCGCGACAGCCCUGGUUAUCGGCGCCUUCCUCGAAGUUGCAGGCUACAUCGGUCGGAUUCUAAUGCACUAUAACCCGUGGUCGCCGCCAGCGUUCAAGCUGCAGAUCGUUUGUUUGAUUCUUUCGCCUACGUUCAUCGCUGCCGGUAUCUAUCUUACGAUCAAGCAUAUCAUUCUCUACCUUGGUCCGGAGCACUCGAAGCUCAAGCCGAAGCUGUUUACGUGGAUAUUCAUCGGGUCGGAUAUUGGAUCGCUUCUUCUGCAGGCUGCGGGUGGUGGUGUCGCAGCUUCUGCGGGGAGUACCGAUCAGACGCUGCUUAAGAUUGGAGAUGAUAUUAUGAUUGCUGGUAUCGCGUUCCAGGUGGCUACGAUGUCGGUUUGCGGUAUUCUUACGCUGGAUUUCUUCCUGAGACUUAGGAAGAACGGCGGUGGUUUGUCGGGGGAGAAGCAGCAGGAUGGAUAUAUCUCGCCCCGGAACAUGAUGCUGCUUAUUGGGGGUGAGGUCUUUGCCUAUGUCACCGUUUUGAUCCGAUGUAUCUAUCGUAUCCCCGAGAUGGCAGGCGGCUGGGGCAACCCACUGAUGCAAAAAGAGAACGAAUUCCUUGUCCUUGACGGAAUGAUGGUCGCACUGGCUGUGCUGUCGUUUACCGUCCUCCACCCAGCUUUCUUCCUCAAGUCUAUCCGGAAAGGAAGUUGGAGGAAACCACGUGUGCCGUAA